AUCAUGAAUGAUGAUCAGUAGCUCUCGAAAUCCCGGUUCAGACCGUUCGGACGCGUUGUUUACUCGGUUAACUUUUGGAAUAUUUCGUAUUUUUGCGGUCAUAUAUCCUUAUUUAGCGAAAAAAUAUGUCCGGCCAAUACCCGAGUGGUUAUCAAAGUCCCAGUGGACACCGUGGCAAUUUCAACAGUCCUAUGAUGCAGCAACAGAUGAAUCAAAUGGGAGUACCGAACCAAAUGGGAAUGAUGGGUUACAAUCAAGGAAACGUCAUGCAAAACCAACAGCAAAUGCAAUCCGGGGCGGGUCAAGUUGGUCCCGACAUGGGUAUGGGUCAGAAUAUUCAACAGCAACAACCGAAUCCGAACCAAGGAACUGGCCAGGUUCAGCAACUACAACCGGGACAAAAUCAAGCGCAGCAGCAGCAGCAACAACAGCAAAACCCUCAGCAAGGCCAUCAGCUGGGAAUGGCUUCUGGAGUGCAAUCAGUUCCGGGUGCUACCCAAUCCGUAUCUGGGUCUGUCGGAGCUGUUCCACCGGGACAACCCAAUCCGGGGCCCGGAACCAAUACGCAGGCACCCAAUGUGCAGCAGAAAGAGUUCAAUUUGUUGUCGUUGUGCCGGAUUGGCCAGGAAACGGUACAGGACAUCGUCAGCCGGUUCCAGGAGGUGUUCGGCUUGCUUCGACAGAUUCAGCCCCCCAACGGAACGAAUACGGGUCUUUCGUCAAGCAACGAUAAGAAAGCCAAGGUUCAGGAACAGUUUCGCACCAUACGGUUGCUGUUCAAACGGCUGCGGCUGCUGUAUGACAAGUGCAAUGACAACUGCCAGCAGGGCAUGGAAUACACCCACGUGGAAAGCUUGAUACCGCUGAAGGGUGAACCGGAACGGGCGGAACCAGUUCACUCGGAGGAAUACAAGAAACUGAUGCAGGAGAACCGAGAAAGUAUUGAGGUUGUGAUGAUGAAAAACAAACAGCUGCGGGAGAUAAUCGACAAGAUCCGACUGACGAUUUGGGAGAUCAAUACGAUGCUGAGUAUGAGAAGGUGCUAGUUUGCAAUCGGUGCAAAUGUAGUGAUCCCACUAGCACAUCGUAUAUUUGUUUCCGUUUUGGUAUCCAAUUGCACCUUAAUCGUUAUCAAUUUGUUUCUCCUUACUUCAAAUAAAUAGUUAACUACC